AUGCCUUCUUCCAAGCCCAAGCCUUCUGAGGUUGCCGCAGAGACGAAGCGACACUAUAUUCCGGUCAUAAGGAGAGACUACGCACACCAAUGGCCAACUCACUCUUACCUGUUCCAGCAGCCGUUAGAGCAGAUCCAUCUUCCAAGUUCUAUGACUGGCUUUGCUCCGUCCCCUCCCGAGUUUUAUAUUUGCCCAGGGGAUCCCGUUGACUUUACAAUUAAUUGGAAAAACAAGGUGAACAUCCGGAUACCGUUCAUAUGUGCGGCGAACGAUAAGAGACCUGGAGGGGAUUGGGAGACUGGGGUGGUGGGCUAUGAGGAGCGCCUAUGCAGACGUAGCACGCUCUCGGCGACGCUAAACACGCCAGGGCCGGGUUCUGAGGUCGACAGCAACUACCCCAUCCCAUCGGAAGGAGGCGUAUACUCUGCAUACGUAGUUGUGUUCCGCGGGCCGCACGACCAGUACAAAAAGUUAGACCAGUGGCACGACCUGCCGGUAGUCUCGGUGCCUGCGGCCCGCUGGCCUAAACUGAGCCACGGCGGCGCCAAGUAUGCAUUCCCGCUGGAGCGCGAGAUGGUGCGCAACAAGAUCCGCGCCGCCCUGCGCAUCUGCGUGUACCACGACCACCGCACCGUCGUCAUCGGGGACUUCGGCCUCGGCAACGGCCACCGCAACCCCCCGCAGGAGCUUGCCGAACUCUGGCGCGACGUGUUCCUCUACGACCCGGAUAUCCGCGGCCGCUUCGACUACGUCGCCUUUGUGUUCGAGGACCAAGGCCAGAACACGGCCAAGCUGAUUCUCGACGACAUCGCUAAAAAGAGCAAGGGCGGGCAUGGCCAUAGCCACAGUCACAGUCAUAGCCACGGGCAUCACUCCAGCAGCAGCUCCAAGGGUAAGUCUAAAGCUUCGUCUAGCUCGAGUUCCAGCGGCUCGGGCAGCUCGGGCUCGCCGCUGUCCGACUUCGACAUCUUCUCACGCGUCUUCAACCCCAGCGAGAUCCAGAAUGUAAUGAGCCGGCCUGACCCCAGAUACGGUAUCUCGAUGCUUACGUCGUGAAACUUAGGAGGACCAGUAGCCAGUAGUAAGCUAGGACGGGUAGGUGGGGGAGAAAAGAGCGUUGGGAAUUUCUCUUGUCCUUUUUCUCCUUCGUACGCCAUCACACAGCGUCGAACUGUUGUCAUACGAACAUGUGGACUCGGGGUUCGACCCGAGAAUACGGGGAGGCAAAUGGGGGGUGCAGGAAAAGGGUUGGAUUAAGGCAAACUAGGGUGGUCAUUCUUCCUGUUGGUAUCUUCUGUAUUGUGACCUUCUCGCUAAGGGUUCUGGUUAGUUUGCUUGUAUGUACAGUAAAACGAGUAGUAGAGUGGUAGCCU